AAGCUCUGCCGCGGAGCCGCCAUGACUGUUUGUUCUCUGAGAAGCAGCAGUAACCGGAAGUGGUCCUCAGAAACGGUCUCCUCUUGUUCCCGCGAAGUCCGAAAUAAACGCUGCGCUCCGGCGGAUCGCUGAGUACAACCCACUGUUGCUAGUUCCGAGGAACCAGAACUUACUGGAUCCCAACCAGGAAACGUUGAGACCGCGUUUCUGCUGCCGCACAGCCUGACGGGUAAAAUGCAAACGGCCGAGCGGCGGUGAUUGGUGGAGACUGAGACUUUCGGUCCAGACAUGUCGGACCCGCUGUCGGCCCAGAGGGACCAGAUCCAGAGAGAGGUGGAGGAGCUGGAGCGCAGUCUGGCGGUGACUCAGGAUGAGCUGGACCUGCUGAGCAGUGAGACAGAUGAUGGAUCCGGAAAUGAGGACGAGACGGACCAGGUGGGACAGGUGGGACAGAGUCCAAGGCGCCUGCUGGCUCAGAGAGAAAAGAUCCAGACCGAGAUCCAGAACCUGGAGAACAUGCUGGGUUCCCAGAGUCCGAUCAGCGUGUCCAGUGAUGACAGCAGCAGCUCCAGUGACGAGAGUGACCUGGACCUGCCUCCGUCUGUGGACUCGUGUCUUCAGCUCAACCUCGUCUACCAGCAGGUCAUUCAGGAGACGCUGGACCACCUGGAGACCCUCCUGGCUCACAACCAGAAGCAGCAGAAGGAGCUCAUGGCGCAGAUUUCUGGACCAGUCAAAGAGUCGUCCAGGGAAGGUUCCACCUCCUGCAACCAGCAUCCAUCCAGGGCGUUCCUGGGCAGCUUCCUGAAGCCGUACUUCAGGGACAGACUGACAGGACUGGGUCCACCAGCCAAUCAGGAGGCCAAGCUGAAGGCUCAGAGGAUGGCGGGCUGCCCCGAUGACGGAAAGCUCCGCAUGAAAAGAUGGGAGGGCUGGCAGAAGAGCCUGCUGAUCCACUCUGUGACCCGAGACCACCUGAAGAAACUGAUCCAGCCCAAAAUGUCCAGGUUGGACUUCCUGACCAAGAAGCUGUCCUCAGCUCAGGAAGCAGAGAGGCAGCAGCUCACGGAGCAGAUAGACUGCUUGGAGAAGGAGAUCCAGCUGCUGAGGAAGAUGAAAGAGGAGGAGCUUACUGGUGAUAGAUAUGAAGAACACGACUGGCAGAAGAUCUCAAACAUUGAUUUUGAAGGGAGGAGGGACGCAGAGGACAUACGUCUUUUCUGGCAGAACUUCCUCCAUCCGUCCAUCAACAAGAGUCCCUGGAGUAAUGAGGAGGUGCAGCUGCUGAACGAGAUCGUCAAAAAACACGAAGAGAGGCACUGGGAGAAGAUCGCUGAGGAGCUUGGGACGGGGAGGACGGCCUUCAUGUGUCUCCAGAUGUACCAGCGUUUUGUCUCUAAUUCUCUGAAACGCGGCAACUGGACUCCAGAAGAAGACAAUCAGCUCAGAGAGCUAAUCCAGAAGAUGAGGAUUGGAAACUUCAUCCCUUACACGCAAAUCAGUUACUUCAUUAAAGACCGUGAUACGUCACAGCUCAUCUACAGGUGGAACCAGGUUCUGGACCCGAGCCUGAAGAGAGGCCAAUGGACCAAAGAAGAGGACCAGCUCCUGCUGCAGGCUGUGGCUCGUCAUGGGGAGAGGUGUUGGUGGAAGGUCCGGUUGGAGGUUCCUGGACGGACUGAUGGAGCCUGCAGAGACAGGUACGUAGACUGUCUGAGGAAGAACAUCAAGAAAGGAUCGUUUGACAGCCAUGAGGUGGAGCUGCUGAAGAAGCUGGUGGAGAAACAUGGAGUUGGUCGCUGGGCGAAGAUCGCCGCAGAGAUCCCUCAUCGCCUGGACUCUCAGUGUCUGAGAGAGUGGAGGAAACUGACCCGGCUGGCUGAUCAGGACCCGGAAAAGAAAGUGAGCAAAACCCGCAAGAAAGGAGCAGGAGGAAGAGGAGUGAGGAAGAAAGCAGCUGAGGGAAGAGGAGUGAAGAAGAAAGCAGCUGCCAAAGGCAGAAUCAGGAGUCGGCUCCUGAGAAUCAAAGAAGAAGAAGAGGAGCAGAUGACUGACGAAGAAGAAGAGGAGGAGGAGGAGGUGCAGUACAUGGAUACUGACGAGGAGGAGACGGUGAGCAGAAGCACGGAGGUGAAGCAGGAGGAGUACGUCAUCCCCCCGAUGGAGGAGUGGAUUCCCGCUGAGAAGAAGCAGACCUCCAGCGUCCUGAGCUUUCAGCCGGCGGUGCUCCCGUCCUCCGACCAGGAGCAGGGCGGGGCUUUGGUCCGCUCCACCGUCCUGGACAGGUCUGGACCGUCCGUCGUCAUCGGGCCGCGGCCCAGAGUGCUGCCCUGGGAGCAGCGCCACAGCUUCUCCGCCAUGAUGAUGGCGUCCCGCGACGCGCUGCGCCUCCACUUCAGCAUCCUGGGCCAGAAGCUGACGGCCCCCAGAGUGAAGGGCGUCCCGCCGGCCGCCCGGAACCAGGACCUGCUGUACAAGCUGCAGGCCGCCGUCACGCCGUGGAUCGGGAACCUGCUGAUCGCCAAAGGCCAGGCGAGGACCGCCGCAGACGUGCUGAGGGAGCGAGGGGAGCAGAGCGGGGUGACCACCUCCUCCGUCUUCCUGCUGCUCCUCCGGGCCAUGAACGUGGACACGCUGGGCUGCAAAGAGAUGAUCGAGCAGAGGAGGAACAGGCUGGCCCAGCCUCCUCCUCCUCCUCAGACCCCCGGUCCAAAGCGGAGACGCCAACGCACCGCAGAACCCGUGCAGAACCCUACGGUGCAAAAAGAGGAGGACCCGGCCAGACAGCUGCUGCAGCAGCUGCAGGAGGCGGUGGAGGCGAGGCUGGUUAAUCCUAACUACAAGCAGAGGAGGCUGAUCCUGCCGGGGCCUCCUCAAAGCCCUCAGCUCCUCCUUCAGAGACCUCCACAAAGUCCUCAGCUCCUCCUUCAGAGACCUCCUCAAAGUUCUCAGCUCCUCCUUCAGAGACUUCCUCAAAGUCCUCAGCUCCUCCUUCAGAGACCUCCUCAAAGUUCUCAGCUCCUCCUUCAGAGACCUCCUCAAAGCCCUCAGCUCCUCCUUCAGAGACCUCCUAACAGAUUUCCUCUGGUCGGUCCUCAAAGUCUCCUCCUUCCUGCUGACUCCACCUACGUUGCUCCUGCUGGACCUUCUCCCCCUGCUCCUCUGAACCCAGCUUCUCCGUCCAGCGCUGCUCCUAACUCCACCCGGAGCAAAGCUGCAGGGAGGGAGGAGGAGGCCAGCGGCGGGCGGAGCCAGGGAGGUUCUGAUGGACUCCUCCCAGAUCACACGUACGCCUGUAGGCUCCAGGAAUCCUGUCAGAGGGACGAAGCUGCACCGAAAGCUGAGCCUGAAUCCGUGACCACAGCCUGUUCUCCAGGUUCUCCGGCAGAGAACAGGCCCUCGGUCCCGGCCGCCUCCACAGAGACCGCCGUCCAUCAGGAGGGGGACGGCAGGAAGAGGAGGCGGGUGGAGGAGGCCGGGGCCAUCCAGGAGGGCAAGAGACUCCGGAAGCCCUCCCUGAAGAUCAGGGAAGCUGCGGAUCACCAGGCUGCAGAGGAGAAGAAGAAGAAGAGAAGCUCCGCCUCCUCUCGUAGGUCCCAGUCAGAGGAGCGCCCCAGAACCCGGGCUCCUCCUGCCGCUCCGGCCGCCGGGUUCUCUUUGGUUCCUGGUCCGUCCAUGUGGGCCAUGAUGCCCACGCCGUCUGUCCAGGCUCCGCCCCCAGCCCCGCCAAACGCUCCUCUCCUACGUUGUACGGCCCCGCCCACUCUGACAGCUGGAAGCUCACCGAUUGGUGGCCUGACUCCAGGUGGUGCGGCGGCCCUUAAAGCGCCCCGCCCCUCACCUGUUCCUCCACCUGUGAUGCCGUCACCUGAUCUCACCCCCACCUCUUCACUCGCGGCGCCCCCUUCCAGCUGCGUGCUGCCAGGUGUGGUUGGGGCGGGUCCAACGCUGACUCCUCCCCCCCAGAAUGUCGGAGUGAAUAUUGACUACUCCCUCGUCUCCCUGGAGCCCCCAGAGGUGGUACGUGAUUGGCUGAGCGGGAGAGGAGGUGUGGCCAUACCUGGAACCACGUCUGCGCUCCCCUACCUGCCGCCCUUUGUCAGCACUCUGAGCACGCUCAGUGCUCUGCUGCGGGCCAAGAAGUCGCUGACGACGUCGUCUCUGCAGCUCCUGAGCAGCGCAGACAAACCUCCGGGCCCCCAAACGCCUCCCGGCUCCUCCUGCUCCGCCUCAGAGGAGCCGGACUCCAUCUCUGAGCCCAGACCGGCCGAGCAGCAGCCAGACCAGCAGGAGGAGCAGGAGGAGCAGAAGGAGCAGGUGAAGGCGGUGCGUCAGCUGGUGGCGGAGCGCUUCUCCUCAAACCCCGCCUACCAGCUGCUGAAGGCACGCUUCCUGUCCUGCUUCACUCUCCCCGCCUUCCUGGCCUCCAUGCCGCCGCCCACCAAUAAGGAGGAGGAGGAAGAGGAGGAGGAGGAGGAUGAGGAGGAGGAGGAGCUGAAGAAGAUCCGGGAGAGGGGAAGAAAGAGGAGAACGCAGAGGUCCGCGCUGGUGUCUGACGACUCCGCAGCUUCGGCCAGUUACUUCUCAGGGAUCUGCAACACCAAGAAGCCCAGUACCAACCCAGACCCGGUUCCUCAGAACCAACAGCCGCGACCAGAAGAGCAUCAGCAGACCGAGUUUGCACGGACUGGUUCUGAUCUCAGCACAGACCAAAGCCAGUCUAGUGACACUGGAUAAGAUCCGAGUCCUGCAUUUCAGAACCAGUUCACGAAAACCGGACCAGGACCAGAUUGUUACAGAACAAGGGAAGUUUGUUCUGCUUGUUUGGGCUGAUCUUCAGCAGCUCGACCCGUUUCAGGUUUUCAUGAUAAAAUAAUCAGAGUUCUGUUUGAUGGGAGGAAGUCCAGCACAUCUGGGCCGGGUCGCUGUAGAACCGCUAGUUUUAAGGAAAAGAUGUUGCACUAAAACAUGUUAGAAGCUGCUGUUAAUGUUCAUUAAAUGUUUAUUUUUGAAAUAUUUUCUAAUAAAAGUCCUUAUUUUAAAUGA